AUGGACACCGAAAGAGGCACCUACCCUGAACGACAAGUUGUCCCUGGCCAAGAUGGGCACGAUACCGACCACUCAAGCGACGACCAUGCCGCAGAUUCAACUCCCAUAAUAGGGGAGAAGAUCUACGAUGACCGAAAAGCCUGGAUCACCGUUGCUGCGUCGUCACUGACCAUGUUCGUUUACCUCGGAGUGAUCUACUCCUGGGGCAUCAUGCAAGUCAAGCUCGUUGAGACGACGGGAUCAAGCCUAACAACUUUGACAUUUGUUGGAUCAAUGGCGACGUCUUUCAUGAUCUGCUUCAGUAUUGUUUCCGACAAGAUUAUCAGUAGGAUAGGAUACCGGUUGGCUGCGUUGACUGGAGGCUUCUUCAUGGGUCUGGGUGAAGUUCUCGCAAGCUUCACCACUAACCAUGUCGUCGCCUUGUUCUUUCUGCAUGGUCUUGUCUUCGGCCUCGGUGGAGGCCUUUGUAUUUUUUCUGUCUCGACUGCUCCGAUGGGUCUCUUCAAGAACCAUAAGGCCCUGGCCAUGGGUUUUGUUUUCGGUGGUGGCAGCUUGGGCUCUGCCAUCAUGAGUGUUGUAGCCAACUACCUUGUUAAAGACUUGGGCGUCUCCUGGACAUUCCGCAUUCUGGGCUUCAUUCUCUGGGGUGUUUCCAUUCCUGCAUCUUACUUCCUCCCAAGGAGGAUGACUUCGGGAAAGCAGGCUUCCCGUCAACUUCAAUGGUAUCGAUUCAAGGAACCUCGCUUCCUUUUGCUCGUCGGCGGCACAAUACUUUCCUGCUUCCCGCUCUUCAUUCCGCCCUACUUCAUUCCAAUUUUCUCGAGAUCAAUGGGCUACACCAAGGAAAUUGGAAUCGUCAUUCUUGCCUGCUGGAACUUGGCAUCUACCCUGGGCCGCGUUAUCGCCGGAUGGGUCGCCGAUACCCUCCUGGGACCAGUCGAGAGUCUGGCAAUCUGCAUGCUCUUCAUGGCUCUAAGCUCCCUCAUAGUGUGGCCUCUGUCAUCAUCAAUCGGCAUCUUUUCCGUAUACCUCAUAUUCAACGGUAUUGGAUGUGUUGUACUUAUCCAAGGCAUUGUCGCUGCCCGGGGUGCUGUCACUGAGAGACAGUCCAGCGGUUGUCUCGUUGCUGCUACUGGAUUUGCUUCUCUGAACGGGGGAACAACUGGCGGCGCAGGCGGAACAGAGGUGACAGUAACUACUCAAGCUGACCUCGAGAAGUAUGCCAGCGCAUCAGGAAAAUACGUGAUUAAGAUCAGCGGCCGUAUCACCAUCAGCCCUCUCGGCAAGGAAAUCAAGAUCGCUAGUGAUAAAACUGUCAUUGGAUUGGGCACUUCUGGCGAGCUUUAUCAAGGUGGUCUGGGCUUGAACGGGGCUAGGAACAUCAUUAUUCGCAACCUCAAGAUUGGCCACACCAACCUGAACGAUGGUGUGGAAAACGAUCGUGACGGUGUUCAGGCCGAUACCGUGAGCAACAUCUGGAUCGACCACUGCCUUUUCGAAGACGGCGGCGACGGCCUGGUUGAUCUUCGUAAGGACACCACCUACUUCACAGUCUCCAACAACAUUUUCCGUAACCACGACAAGACUUUCGGUAUUGGCUGGACGGAGAAUGUCACGGCUCGUGGAACCAUCAACCACAACUGGUUUGACAACACAAACCAAAGAAACCCGAGCGCCGACAACUUGGCACAAGCGCAUCUUUACAAUAACUAUCUCUAUGGCGUCACUUCAUACGGGCACUACGCUCGCGGCAGCACCAACGCACGUGUCGAGAACGUUUUCUUCGAGAAGACCAAGAACCCCUUGACCAAGGACUCAGGCGCCGUGCUAAAUGCCUCUGGUAACACCUACAAGAGCUGCACUGGCACUACGGCUGCAAACUCGGGAACCUCCUUUGACCCCAAGAGUCUCUAUUCCUACACCUUGACUGCUACAGCAGAUGUUCCUGCCUACGUCAAGGCCAAUGCUGGUCCGAGAGCUUCUGUCUGCUCUUGA